GUGUUGGGUUGAGUCAGUUGUGAGACCCAGAGCUGCGGACCCACCCGGCGGCCAGCGGGACGGCCGACAGACCAGCGGGCGGAAGCGAGGUUGGCGCGGUGAGCCUGGCCCAGUCCUCGAGUCGGCCCGCAGCCGGGUGCCCGCCGUCGUUCCCCGCCCCCACCAGCAAACCGCCGCCGCGGGCGCGCCUCCGUCCUGCACUCCUCUCCGAUGGCGUCCGCCUCCGGGGCCAUGGCGAAACACGAGCAGAUCCUGGUUCUCGACCCGCCCACAGACCUCAAAUUUAAAGGCCCCUUCACAGAUGUAGUCACUACAAAUCUUAAAUUGAGAAAUCCAUCGGAUAGAAAAGUGUGUUUCAAAGUGAAGACUACAGCUCCUCGCCGGUACUGUGUGAGGCCCAACAGUGGAAUUAUCGACCCAGGGUUGACUGUGACUGUUUCAGUAAUGCUACAGCCUUUUGACUAUGAUCCAAAUGAGAAGAGUAAACAUAAGUUUAUGGUACAGACAAUUUUUGCUCCACCAAACACUUCAGAUAUGGACGCUGUGUGGAAAGAGGCAAAACCCGAUGAAUUAAUGGAUUCUAAAUUGAGAUGUGUAUUUGAAAUGCCCAAUGAAAAUGAUAAAUUGGGUAUAACUCCACCAGGGACUGCUACGGCUAUCACCUCAUUGAACAGCAUCAACAGCACAGUUGCAACACCUGCCAGUUAUAACAUGAAGAAUGAUCUCAGGGGACUCAGUGUGUUCAAACAGGAGAAGCAGAAGAAUGAAAUGGAACCUAGCAAAGCUGCUCCACUGAAUGCGUCUAAACAAGACGGACCCAUGCCAAAACCACAUAGUGUUUCACUCAACGAUACUGAGACAAGGAAACUCAUGGAAGAGUGUAAAAGACUUCAGGGAGAAAUGAUGAAACUGUCCGAAGAAAAUCGACACCUGAUAGAUGAAGGCUUAAGGCUCAGAAAGGCAGCACAUUUGGAUAAACCAGGAUCAACCUCAGCUGCAUCCUUCAGAGAUAAUGUCACCAGUCCUCUUCCUUCGCUUCUUGUUGUAAUUGCAGCCAUUUUCAUUGGAUUCUUUCUAGGAAAAUUCAUCUUGUAGAGUGAAGCAUGCAGAGUGCUAUUUUUUUUUUUUUUUUUUUUCUCUUGACCAGAAAAAGAUUUGUUUACCUACCAUUUCAUUGGUAGUAUGGUCCACGGUGACCAUUUUUUUUGUGUGUGUGUGUACAGCGUCAUAAUAGGCUUUGCCUUUAAUGAUCUCUUACGGUUAGAAAACACAAUAAAAACAAACUGUUCGGCUACUGGACAAAUUGUAUAUUACCAGAUCAUCGAUAGCAGGUGUCAGUUGCACAUUCAGUCCUUGAUGAAAUUCAUAAAUAAAGAAUUGUUCUUCCUUUGUGGUUUUAAUAAGAGUUCAAGAAUUGUUCAGAGUCUUGUAAAUGUUAUUUUAAUAAUCCCUUUAAAUUUUAUCUGUUGCUGUUACCUCUUGAAAUAUGAUUUAUUUAGAUUGCUAAUCCCACUCAUUCAGGAAAUGCCAAGAGGUAUUCUGUGGGGAAAUGGUGCCUCUUACAGUGUAAAUUUUCUCCUUUACCUUUGCUAAUAUCAUGGCAAAAUUUUUCUUACCCCUUGUGAGGCAGUUGUUGACCGAGUUUUUCAUCCUUACAAUCCUGUCCCAUGGUAUUUAACAUUAAAAAAUAAAAAAACUGUUAACAGAUGCUUGCUGGAUAGCUUGUCUGUCUCCGUCGUGUCAUCAGAUGGGAUAGCAGGGAGUCUGCUGUAUGGUAAUUUGAAAUUUAUCAGGCAUAUUCUUUCUCACAUUGAAACCCUCUCAGAUAUUACAGUAUUUGCAAUAAAAAAAUUCCUCGUCGUAUUUUGGAAAAGAAUUGAUAAAAUUUUAAGUUAAUUUUGGUAUUUUGAAAGAUCAUAAUCAGUUUAUCUUCAAGAUAAUGUGAAAUAAGCAUGCCAUCAGAAUAAAAGUACUGUACUCUUAGUUUAUAUGUAUGCCAUUUGGCUGUACUGCACUUAAUUUACCACACGCUUAUCAGAUUAUUUUAGUUAUCUUCUCAAGGAUGAUAAUUUCCUUUGUUCUAGUCAAGUGCUUUUUAAGCAGCCCAUGAAUUUUUGAUUUUUAUGAAUUAAAUACUUACAUAAUACUCGAAACAAUAAUAGUUAAAAGUAGGUUUUUUUUCUUGCCCAAUUUGACACUGAAAUUUCCAUUACAGGAAUUUGUAAUGGAAAAACCUUUGGGGAUUUUCUUUGUGAAAAAUGACUUCAUCCUUUGCAAAUCUGUUAACCCCAUGAAACACAUUUUCAGUAUAGAUGAACAUUGUAGGGUCUGGUACUUUCCUGCACUUAGUCUUCUGUUUUCAUUUAUUCUGUUUGUACUACGAGAAGAAAUAUUGGAACCAGAGAAAAUACAUGUUUUUUAACUGAGUACAAUCUAAUACAAGUCAGUUCUGAUUCUUGAAAAUAAGUGUAGGUUUUCAUAAAAGGGGCACUUUCACCUGAAAGUGAAAUUGGACUUUGAUGUGGUGCAGUGAAGUAUGUUAGGCCCAGGUCUGUGUGCGUACAGAUUUUAUAAAAAGGUAAAAUGUUCUAAAGCAUUUUGGUUGCCUUUUCAUUUAAAGUGUGUUUUAAAUUUGUCAGAUCACAUGUAUUUUGUCAUUGUGCUUUGUGGUAUCUUUUAUAAGAUCUCUUGCUUGUGUGUAAAAAUGACUAAAAACAAAUAUAAGUGACACCUCCCCAUUGUUAACGUGCUGCGGCAGCUACUGUCUCUAAUGUUGUGUGCUGUACAUCACUGUCAAAGCUCUGGAAACGCUUGCUAAAAAGGCCUUGCAUUUUCAUCUCAUAAGUGCAGAAUUAGUAAUUCUUUGGCUUAAAGUGGUCUGUGUAAUCUGUAUUAUUGAUGAUAUGUACCAAACUUGGUAUUUCAUAGCUAUCGUCUUUUUUUUUUUUUUUUUCCAGUUUUAAGUCCUGAAGAAUUUAGCAAAAUCCCGUUUUAUGGAAAUGACCCUUAGAAUUCUUUCCAUUCAGCCCCUUUGUUUUAUUGUUGAGGAAUCUCAGGCCUUAAUGAGGGUUAAGGAAAACUUCCCCAUGUCUCACAGGUAGGUAGAGGCAGAGCUGGAACUAGAAUAUCCUCUUCUGACUCCAGCUUAAUGUCUUUUCUGGUAAUUUUGUAAAAAAAAAAAAAAAAUCCUAAUUUGAUAGAUGACUGAAAUAAUGAACACAAGAUGCUAUUUAAAAAGUGAAAUUUCCUAUCAUAAAAUUUUCUUACAGGCUGUUGUUUAAUAGUGUCACAUAUAUAUUUGGUUUUAGUGUUUAGAACUGUCACCCAUACAGUGUACAGUGUAUUUUUAGAUAGGUGUUUUACAAAAUGUAUUAUGCAGUGGUUAGCUUUGAGAUAGUCUCAGUAGCACCUGCAAAAUCGAAGUGUACAUGGACUUCUUAACUGUUUUGCAUACUAGGAGAUAUUCCGAUUGUAUAGGGGACUCUUAAUUUUUAUUACUUUUAAUUGCUGUAUGAAAUGUGAUCAGACUUUAACUACCAGCAGUUACUUUCAAAGAGUACAACUAUACUGACUGACAAUAUAUAAAUUGUUCUCAUUCCUUACAUGUUCAGAAAUUUUUGCUCUUCCUGGUUACUUGUGUAUGUAAGCAUGAGGGAAAUAAUACCAUUGUUAAUACUAAAAUUACCGUCAGAUAAUUAAGGCCUUGAGCUCAUAUGUGACGCCAAAUACACAACCUUCCUUCCUUCUUUCUAUAACUAAGUUACCUUAACUUUGCCCGUUCUUCUUGUAUUUACAAGAAACAAGUCUAAGAGUUGUGUUCUGAGUCUAUGGUAUGGUAACUUUUUUUUUAUCCCCCCCAAAGAAAUGACUUAGAGAAAAAUGCGUAUCAAAUUCAGAAAUUCUGGUCAAAGGAAAACAUUCUUAAUUUCUCCUUUAAGUAUCUUAACUCAGAAGUUCUUCUGAAGUUGAUAUUAUCUGGUAUGGAAAUUACUUUUGGAUUGCAAUCUUUUGAAAUACACCACUGUGAAACACGUUUUAUUAAGGUAGGGAAAAAAAAAAUUUCUUAAAGGAUAUAUCCCCAAAUUAUCAUCUGACUCUUGAGAAACAUGUAAUAGUUUCCCUAGAGCUUCGCACAUUCCUAUUCAGUGAUUUUGGUGUGUGCCUAGUUUAAAAAAAAAAAAAGACCUUUAUGAGAAUUAGGGAAAGAUUAAUGCUUACCAUAAGGAGAAACAACAAAAAAAGGUAAAUGGUCAUUUUAUAGCUUUCAAGGGAAAUUAAAAUAUUGCGUGAAUAAAUAAACUGUUUAAAAAUGUGAAGUGUCAUUUUCCUUUCCAAAAAAAAAAAAAAACUUUAAGA